AAAUUAACAGGUUCUUCCUCAAGGUCAUUAAAAACUUGGUCCAAAAACUUUAUGACUCUCAGUCUCAAGUUGAAGUUGCAGUUGUUGCAGUUUCUCUGGUGAUUGGCAGAUAUCUUAUUCCUGUGAAUUUGAACCGUCUCUUUUGUCUUGCAGGAAAAUUGACACGCUUGUUCACCGUGCUUCCAGAAGAACACGUGUUAUUUGAUGACAUUGAUCAGCUGGUGCUUUCACUGACCUUAAAAAGUCAUUAUGGCGCAAGAAAAAGAGGGUAACAAACUAUGGGGAGGGAGAUUCACGGGAGCUGUAGACCCCAUCAUGGAGAGCUUUAACGCGUCUAUCAGCUAUGACAAGAGGAUGUGGGAUGCAGAUAUUAAGGGGAGCAAGGCCUAUGUACAAGCUAUUGAGAAAGUUGGUUUAGUGACUUCUGAAGAGAGAGAUCAGAUACUAGAAGGCUUGGAUAAAGUACAUGCUGAGUGGUCACAGGGGACGUUCCAGAUCAAGUCUGGCGAUGAAGAUAUACAUACUGCUAAUGAACGCAGACUAAAGGAGUUGAUAGGGACCCCUGCUGGUAAACUACACACUGGUAGGAGUAGGAAUGACCAGGUGGCCACAGAUAUGAGACUCUGGCUGAGAGACAACCUUGCAACUUUGAAGUCCUAUGUUAUAGAGCUUUUAAAUGUGUUUGUUAACAGAGCCAAAAUAGAAAUGGAUGUCCUUAUGCCAGGCUACACGCAUUUACAGAGGGCUCAGCCCAUCAGAUGGAGCCACUGGCUGAUGAACUAUGGUGCCAUGUUGCAGCGAGACACGCAGCGUUUAGAUGAACUUGCAAGACGUGUCAACUUCCUGCCACUUGGAAGUGGUGCUCUUGCAGGAAAUCCCUUUGAAGUGGACCGUGAAUUCCUUGCAAGGGAGCUCAAGUUUGCUGAUGUGACAUCUAACAGCCUUGAUGCAGUCAGUGAUAGAGAUUUUGUGGUUGAGUUUCUGUUCUGGGCUUCAUUAACUUCAACACAUUUGAGCCGCUGGGCAGAGGACCUUAUAUUAUACUGCAGUAAAGAAUUCAGCUUUGUCUCACUCUCUGAUGCAUACAGCACAGGGAGUAGUCUUAUGCCCCAGAAAAAGAAUGCAGACAGUUUGGAGUUAAUAAGGGGGAAGGCAGGACGUAUCUUUGGUCAUCAAGCUGGUUUCAUGAUGACAUUAAAGGGUGUCCCAAGUACCUAUAAUAAGGACCUGCAAGAGGAUAAAGAAGCUAUGUUUGAUGUGUAUGAUACAAUGGCUGGCAUCUUACAAGUGGCUACUGGUGUAUUGUCUACUUUAAAGAUUGAAAAAGACAAUAUGCGUAAGGCUCUUAGUCCAGAUAUGUUAGCUACAGAUCUAGCAUACUAUCUUGUUAGAAAAGGGGUGCCAUUCAGGGAGGCUCAUGGAAUGUCUGGAGGGUGUGUGGCAUUGGCAGAAGCCAAGGGUGUUCCAUUAAAUGAACUUACAGUUGAUGAUUUAAAAACCAUCAGCCCCAAGUUUGAAUCGGAUGUUGAAAAGGUGUGGGACUAUGAGAAUAGUGUUGAGCAGUACAGUGCCUUUGGUGGAACAUCCAGGUCUAGUGUUAACCAGCAAAUUGUUAAACUAGAAACAUGGUUAAAAACUCUCAAAUAAUUGAAUUGAUGCUAGGAAUAUAUCUUGCUUCAAGCCCUGGACCCCCCCCCCUUACAGUAUCUACUUUAACAACAGGGUAGAUGCUGCCCCCUGGAUCACCCGAUUGGGAAUUUGGUUGUAGAAUUUGAUAUGGGGGGGGGGGGCGGUUCAAGGGUCUUGAAACAAGACUACAAGGAAUACAAUGAUUUAGGAAGCUACAU